UUUAAAGCUUCUGGAUUAAUUUGUGGUUUUAUUUUUAAACACAAAUUCCGCGAACACGUCAGUCGGGGGUCAGGCGUAUACACGGACACCUACACAGUUCCUGCGGCAUUUUCUCUUCUCCGAAUCAUCCUAUGAGACGGCGACAGGAAGCGGUGGGGAUGUGAAUAUGAGUGAAGCGCAGGAUAUGACACAACACCGGAAGUUCCCCCUACAUUCAUCGAAAUUCAUUUAUUUAUGGCUCUACACGUCUGUGAGCGUUUAUAAGGGCUUUAUGAAGGUUAAUGUUGAGGUAUAAAUCUGGUUUGCAGUGAAACUCGGCGUCCUGGUGUUUCCUGUCAGGAUGAAGCAGGAGUAUCAGGAUCUGAUCCUACAGGCCACGGCGGCGGAGCGUCUGCGUAUGGGCCGUAAGAUCCAGACUCUGUGGAGCGGUUACGGUCAGAUCGUACGUGUUCACCUGCAGGGCUGCGAGCGCUCCUCGGUCGUCGUCAAACACGUCAUGUUUCCUAAAGAGUCUCGGGACACCGAUGUCUCUCACCGCCGCAAGGUCCGGUCCUAUCAGGUGGAAACGCACUGGUACAAAAACUACAGCACCAAUGAGCACUGUCGUAUCCCACGAUGCCUUGCGGCGCAGUCGUUCGGCGAGGAGCAGCUGAUGGUGCUGGAGGAUCUGGACGCGGCCGGCUUCCCGGAGAGGAGGACGAGCGUAAGGGAUGGCGAGAUUAAAGCCUGUCUGCGCUGGCUCGGUAACUUCCACGGGCUUUUCCUUGGAGUCCCAGCGCGCGGUCUGUGGCCCGUGGGGACGUACUGGCACUUAGAGACGCGUCCUGAUGAGCUGGAGGCCAUGACGGACCUGAAGCUGAAAGCAGCCGCGCCGGAGAUCGACGCCGUCCUGAACAGCUGCCGCUUUAAAACCAUCUUACACGGAGACGCCAAACUGGCCAACUUCUGCUUCUCCAAAGACGGCUCCCGCGUGGCUGCCGUGGACUUCCAGUACGUGGGCGGCGGCUGCGGCAUGAAGGACGUCAUCUACUUCCUGGGGAGCUGCCUGGAUGAGCGCGAGUGCGAGAAAAGAGCUCCUGAUUAUCUGGACUUUUAUUUUUCCGAGCUGAAAGGUACCGUGCCGGAGAAGGAGAAGAAGAACUUCUCCGAGCUGGAGGACGAGUGGAGAGGCAUGUUCGCCUUCGCAUGGACCGAUUUUCACCGCUUCCUCCUCGGCUGGAUGCCCGGACACCACAAGGUUAACCGCUACAGCAAGCGGCUCACGCAGGAAGUGCUGAACAAACUGGCAGAGAACUCGGAUGGAGCGAAGAGCUGACUCGCAUCAGACUUUCAUCAGACUCACAUCAGACUCGCACCAGACUCUCAUCAGACUCACAUCAGACUCGCACCAGACUCACAUCAGUCUCGCAUCAGACUCACAUUAGACUCGCAUCAGACUCGCAUCAGACUCGCACCAGACUCACAUUAGUCUCGCAUCAGACUCGCACCAGUCUCGCGUCAGACACACAUCAGACUCGCAUCAGACUCGCAUCAGACUCGCACCAGACUCACAUUAGUCUCGUAUCAGUCCAUCAUCACAUCACUAAUCACACGCCGAUAUUACGCUGUGUGUUCUGAUUGGCUGAGAGUCAGGGUGAGGGGUGUGGUCUACACUGAUCUGUCAGGACGCUGUUUACUCCAAACAGUUUGUUGAUGAUAAACACGUUAUUAUAUUAUAAACACGUUAUUAUAUAAACACGUGAUUAUAUUAUAAACACGUGAUUAUAUUAUAAACACGUUAUUAAAGAGAGCGAGUGAUGGACUUUUCACCUCUCCGUCUCUCUGUGUGACUCUGUAAAGCUCCGUGAGCUCGGGGUUUUAACUGAACUCGUAUCCACACAAAGCUGAUAUUCGGAGUUUUAUUUCUCACACAGCUUUUAAAUUCCUCCGUAAUAAAGAUGUUUUUAUGUGAUUAAAGAGGAAGGUGUGUCAGUGUUUAUUCAGUAACAGCGAAAUGUCCACGUCGGACUUUAACGUAAUAACGAAACUGAAUUCAAAUAACUUCACCGGUUCACACGUCCUCACUGUGACACUGCAGGGGCUCUGUGUGUGUGUGUGUGUGUGUGUGUGUGUGUGUAACGUGAGAGUGAAACUGGAUUAAAUGUCCCGCAGUGUGAAAUAAAGCUGUUAAGAGUCUAAGCUCACCUCUAACCCAAUGUUCCACAUGGGAAAAACACAAAUCUACUACAUAAUACAGCACACACACACACACACGCAUGCAUGCAUGCACACACACACACACACACACACACACGCACACACACACACACUCACGCACGCACGCACACACACACACACUCACACACACACGCACACACACACAUACACUCACACACGCACGAACACAGAUACACACUGACGCACGCACACACACACACACACACACACUCACACACGCACGCGCACACACACAUUACUGAUGCACAGAUUGUAGAAAACUAGAGUUUUAGAGCAACACAAAAUAUUGGACUGGAUCUCACACACACCAUGACAUACAAACACUUUAUAUUAUUUUAAUUACUCUACUUCUUUUCUCAUUUAGACACUUUUUAAAUAAAAUAUUAUCUUCUGUCACUUCUAUUAUUUAUUUCAUGAUGAUGAUGAUGAUGAUGAUGAUUUUCAGGCAUGGUGUAAAGAGUGUAAUCGACACUGAACACUAACACACACCAGAAGUUUGGAUGAAAUCAGAAAUAAAGGACAUUAAAAGUUGACAGUAAAAACUACAGGACGUUGUACUCUCUAUAAAACAGGAUAAAUCUCUAAUCCUAAAGGAGUAUUUGGUUGGUCCCACUGAGAGAACCCUAAAAGUUCUAUAUAGAACCCUGUAGAACCCUACAACAGUGUUCCCUCUGCACGGGGUUUCACACAGAACUGUUUAAAGAACUGCAUAAAGCCUUCAUUUCAUCUGGCCUGUCUGUCUCUGUCUCCCUGUCUGUCUCUGUCUGUCUCCCUGUCUGUCUCUGCCUGUCUCUGUCUGUCUCUGUCUCCCUGCCUGUCUCCCUGUCUGUCUCCCUGUCUGUCUCUGUCUCCCUGCCUGUCUCUGUCUGUCUCCCUGCCUGUCUCUGCCUGUCUCUGUCUGUCUCUGUCUCCCUGCCUGUCUCCCUGCCUGUUUCUGCCUGUUUCUGUCUGUCCCUCUGUUUGUUUCUGUGUGUCUGUCUUUAUUUUUAUUUUUAUUCCUGUGAUUCUCUCCACACACACACAGAAAUAAAUCUGUGAAUAAUAUAACAUGAUCUGUGGAAAAUAUUUAUCAUGAAUCAUUUUUCUCUUCAAAAGGAAAAAUUAAACUGUCAUAAC